GGUAAAUUACAUGAAAACAGAAUGUUUUUUGCGAAACUUUAAUGUAAAAAUCAUAAUAAUGUCUGUAAUGAUUAAGUAUUUAGUGGCCGGUUUAGUGCGGUAUUGGUUAAUCCACACGGGCUACUGGCAUACUAUCUCUAACCGAGUUGAAAUUGCGACCCCUCUAAACUCAUGGAAGAGGUUAGUCGAAGGCGUUUACCUUUACGACCGCAAUAUAAACCCUUAUGAGGGCGACUCUUUCCAUGAAUCCCCGAUAAUGUUGCUCUUGUUCCAUUAUCUGAUGAAAAAAAUGCCAUUUUUGUUGCCUCUUCUGUUCACAACACUUGAUCUCUUUACGGCAUACUUGCUAUUUAAUACUUCCAAAGCAUUUAUGAGAAUAUUCAAAAGAACGCAAAAGGAACAAUCGGAAGAAGUCGCUGAAGAGUCUAAGACAAUGAUGCUCGAUGAUUAUCAGUUUAGACAGGCUUCAGAAUAUGUUUCGUCAGUGUACUUGUUCAAUCCGUACUCUGUUUUGAAUUGUGCUGGAAUGACUACGACAGUUGUACAGAACUUUUUGCUGGCGGCUUCUUUGUGUGGUGCUUCAAAUGGAUAUAGGCUCUUGGCAUGUGCCUUUAUAGCCUUUGCAACCCACCAAGCCCUUUACCCAGUACUGUUAAUAGUACCAAUUGCAAUUUUAAUAGCAGAAGUCAAUUCUGGCUGCAAGAAAUGCUCAUAUAUAAGAACUUUAUUGGUUUUUGUACUCUCCUGGGGAUUUCUUAUAUACAUUUCUGCUCAUAUUAUGGAUGGUUCUUACCAAUAUGUGUAUAAUACUUAUGGAUUUAUAUUGACAGUGCCUGAUCUGAAGCCAAACAUAGGUUUGUUCUGGUACUUUUUUACUGAAAUGUUUGAACAUUUCCGAUUGCUCUUUGUAUGCGCAUUCCAGAUCAAUGCAUUAGCACUUUAUAUAGUACCACUUACAUUAAAAUUUAAGAGGGAACCCGCAUUAUUGGCCACAGUGCUAAUAGCUCUGGCUACAAUAUUCCGAUCAUAUCCCUGUGUGGGCGAUGUUGGUUUUUACUUGGCCCUCCUACCUAUGUGGAAACAUCUGUUUACAUUUAUGCAGCAAAAGUUCAUAGUUGGGUGUGCAUUCAUCAUCACAUCGGCUCUUGGCCCAACUGUAUGGCAUUUGUGGAUAUACUCAGGAUCAGCGAAUGCCAACUUCUUCUUUGGAGUUACUCUCUCCUUCGCCACAGCACAGAUAUUCCUCAUCACUGACCUACUUUUUGCUUACAUAAAGAGAGAAUUUACUUUAAAACAUGGAUCGUCGCGCCUAGUUGACGGAAAAGCUGCCAAAUUAGUACUCCAAUAAUAGUUGCACGAAACAGUUUUUUGUACAAGUAUUUGUUAACAAGUUCAAAGUUCCUUGCAUCCAAGUAUAUAUAAGAGCGAGUAUUAUCCAGUCUGAGUAUCGCCCUCUCAAUAAUGAAGUGAUUUCAUUCAGAAAGUAACAUGUUUGGGCAGAUGACACAAAAGAUGUUAAAAAAACAAAGUCACAGUUUCAGAUAGUUUUAUUGUGCACAUUGUGUUGUUUGGAUCUAAUUUGUCUUAAUUAUUUAUAUAAAGAUCGAACACAGACUCUGACUUGCAAGUGUAUGCCAAACUAAGGCCACCUCUAUAUCAACUGAGCUAAAGAUGUUUUCUUUAUGUUCAAUCUCUGUAUUAAUAAUUAUAACAAACUAGUGGAGAAUUUCACAAAAAGUAAAUGAAUAUCAUGGUGGCAUAACAUCAUGAUAUUCAAUAAAAAAUUAUUUUGUCAGUUUCUGAAAAAUGUCAGGGUGAGAGUGUAAUGUGAGGUUGCGAUUUGUCAAACUGCUGAUAAAAAUGACUGUAAAUUAUUUGUGUCGAAUUAACGUCGUUUAAAAUAGAUAACAUAAUAUUCAAUUUGGUAUGUACAUAUGUAAUACUCGCUACUAAAGUUUUUAUGGAAUUUGGAUUGUGAAUAAAAACCUCUGUAGGGAUUAACACAUCAAGAGAGUUUACUGAAAGUGCCCAGUGUUGUGUGUGAAAUGAUUCCAAAUGCACAUAGGUAGCGUGUACGUUAGUACAUUCCAAAUGUACAUUAGUCACAAAUAACUUCAGCAUUUCAAGGGUUUUAAGUAUAAUUUUUACAAGUUCAGUGUGUGUAAUGUGUUAUUUUUUUUAUAUGUGCACAAAUAUUUACGUAUUACAUUAUCUAUUUUUUUUAUGAUACCAUGUGAUGGGAUUAUAGUAAUUAAAAUGAUUGAAUUAUAUACUAUAUUUAUUUCAUGUAUUCCUUUUCAUAUUGGUUGUAUUUUUAAACAAAUAUAAAGUGACAAAGUAGUGUUUAAGUUGUUUCAAUAUAGGUCAUUAUAAUAUAGGUAGAUUUUAGUAUUGCCACCAAAGAUAGGUA